GUAAACCUCAGCACACAGGAAAAUGGAAAUGCAUUUACUGAAGAAUUUUCCUGGUCAACUCACGCGCUGUGCUGUUUCUGCCCAUUUCUACUUUUUCACAUUUGACGCCCAUUGGUGGAUCUGUUUCUCACGCAAUCAAAACCCCUCAAGUUAAGGAAUCCAUCCCUCUUCUUCGAUUCAAGAAUUUAUCGUCUUUUGAGUGCUUCAGCAUCCCAUUUCUUGGGUUUUUGUCCGCAUUUUUUGUUUGUGCAGUUUUUUGCCUCUUCUGAAGUGAGAUUUGAACGAACUUUUGAGCUUUUUGGUGGAAACUUUGAGGAGGGCCAUCAACAUUUUUGGUUGAAGUCAGCGUUUGGGUCAUUGGGAAGCUGUUCUUGGAGACUAUUUGAGUGCAGUUUGGUAUAAAAAUCUUGCAAAGAUUUGAACUUUUCAUGUUAUUUUAGGAGUUGGGCAAUUGGAAAGUACAGGGCAUUGGUGCCAGUUUAGUUUCAUAGUUGAUCUAAUGCUAUGAGAAGUAUUCUAUACAAUUGGAAAGAUGAGGAUUCAAGAAAAGGGAGGAGUUCUUUAUUGUUUGGCUUUUGUUUUUCUGAGUUUUGCUGUGCUGGCAACCGGUGUGGAAAGCAAGAGGGAGGGACAUGAACCCUUGCUGGCUUAUCUGUUGGAGUCAGGCGUGAUAAAUCAGGAGAUGGCUGAAUUAUUACGGGUUAACUGUAUGGCUGAGUUGUUGAAUGCCAAGAAAAGAUUACAAGAUGUUGAAUUGCAUUUCAUGGAGGAGAGGGCAAGUGAUGGUAGUAAGCUUUUGAUUGGCUGGACAUCCAGUACAAAAAUUCAUGAUACAGUCACUGUAUUGCUCCCUCAGGUUAAUCAAAUCCUUAUAGAUUGUGUAAGGGGAAAAAAUCAUUACCGACCUGUGAAUAGUGGAGAAGAGAAGGGUUUAGAUUCUUGGUACACCAGGUAUUUCGGGUUUCUAUUUAACCGGCACUGGUCUUCCCCAACAGUUUCAUCACCUACUCCAGCACCUUCACUUCCACCAUCUCCUACUGAGGUUCCAGCUAGUCCUCCAUUACCUCCAUUUUUCCCAAGAGAUUUGGACCCCUCAAACUUGCAGCCUACAUCUAGUGGAAAUGCUUCUGCUAAUGCUUCUGAUGUACAGUCAGGCAAUCAGAAAACCAGCAAGAAAACUGUUGUUAUUGCUGUCACCGUGACUGCUUCUGUGACCUUUGUUAUUGCUGCACUGCUCUUCCUUUUCUGCCGGAGAUGCUGUGGAACUGGUUCUGGACGGGGUAGAAAUGAUGAGAGUCCUCUUCUCAGCUUAAGCUUAAGUGACUAUUCUAUUGCCUCUUCACACAAGUCCUUCAGUCAUGGGACUUCACUGAAUGAAGAAAAGCUUGGCAAUCAGUCAUUGCAGAACAAAUUGAACCACAGCAAAGUCAGCGGAAACUUCUAUGUGGAGUCACAUUCUCUGAGCAAUUCAAAAAAUGAUAUUCCAACGGGAACCACAGCUAUUGCUGCCACCAACUCAGGAAAUUCUUUACAGAUGCCACCUGGAAUGUUGGGUGCACCUGGAUUGCCUCCAUUGAAGCCACCUCCUGGAAGGGUGGAUCCCCCUAAACCACCUCUGGGCAAUUCAGCUCCUCCACCACCCCCUCCCGCAGCUCCUGUACCACCACCGCCACCACCUAUAAGGCCUUCUUCUGGUGGCGCACGCCCUCUGCCACCUGGACCACCUCCUCCACCUCCUAUACCCUCUGGUAUUAAAGGUGGUCCUCUUCCGCCACCACCUCCAGGUACUGGUGUUGCUCCACCUCGGCCACCCCCUAUUGGCUUGAAACCCCCUCGACCUGCACCUCCUGGACCACGUCAUCCUUCAACUUCUACUUCAGUUGAAGAGAGUGAGGCUGGUACUGCUAAAACUAAAUUGAAGCCAUUCUUCUGGGACAAGGUAUUGGCUAACCCUGAUCAAUCAAUGGUUUGGCAUCAGAUUAAAUCCGGGUCGUUCCAGUUCAAUGAAGAGAUGAUAGAAACUCUAUUUGGCUAUGCCCCUACUGAGAAGAACAAGAGUGAGGCGAAGAAAGAGUCUACAUCCCAAGAUGUUCCACCCCAAUAUAUUCAAAUAAUUGAUCCCAAAAAGUCACAAAAUCUAUCAAUUCUACUCAAAGCUUUAAAUGUGACUACAGAGGAAGUCUGUGAUGCCCUACAAGAUGGUAAUGAGCUUCCUUCAGAACUUAUUCAAACUUUAUUAAAAAUGGCGCCUACAGCUGAAGAAGAAUUGAAGCUGAGACUCUAUAGUGGCCCACUCUCUCAACUGGGUCCUGCUGAGCGCUUUCUGAAAGUCUUGGUUGAUAUUCCAUUUGCGUUUAAGAGGCUGGAAUCGUUGCUGUUCAUGUGCACUCUUCAAGAGGAGAUGUUAACAUUAAAAGAGUCCUUUGCAGUGUUGGAGGCUGCCUGCACAGAGUUGCGAAAGAGCAGGUUGUUUCUCAAACUCCUGGAGGCCGUUCUUAAAACUGGAAAUCGUAUGAAUGAUGGAACAUUCCGCGGCGGCGCACAAGCAUUUAAGCUUGAUACACUUCUGAAGUUGUCAGAUGUUAAAGGAACAGAUGGAAAAACUACAUUGUUGCACUUUGUUGUCCAGGAGAUUAUCCGUUCAGAAGGCAAAAGAGCUGCUCGAGCAGCCAAAGAGAUCCCGAGCAUCUCCAUCCAUAAGUCCGAUGAUCAACUUGAGCCCACAGAAGAGUCAGAUGAGCACUUAAGGAGCGUUGGUCUCCAGGUGGUAUCCGGUCUGAGCAACGAGCUUGAGAAUGUCAAGAGAGCUGCCAUUUUAGACACUGAUAGCUUAACAGGAACAGUUGCCAAGCUUGGUCAUGCCCUUGUAAAAGCCCGGAAUUUCCUGAACUCAGAUAUGAAAAAUGUACCUGAGGAAAAUGGAUUUCACCAAACAUUAAGGAGCUUUGUGCAAAAUGUGGAGGUUGAUGUCAGGUGGUCGCUCGAAGAAGAGAAGCGGAUAAUGGCAAUGGUGAAGAGCACAGCAGAUUACUUCCAUGGAAAUUCUGCGAAGGAUGAGGGUCUGAGAUUAUUUAUCAUUGUCCGAGAUUUCCUUAUAAUUUUAGAUAAAGUGUGUAAAGAAGUCAAAAAUGCACCACGAAAGCCGAGUAGGACCUCUAGGAGCGAAGAUACAGCAGUGACUCCCGAUCCACGGAAAACUCUUUCCUCGGAUCCGCGACAGCUGCUGUUCCCAGCAAUCACUGAUAGGCGAAUAGAUACAUCAAGUUCAGACGAGGAAUCGUAGUAAACUGUUCAGAGCAAGUAAGCGACUCACUGCAGCUUUUCGCACCAAUAUCAGUUUAACUAGAGGCGCUACGGAUGUGAAACUAACUUUCGGUAGUCCCGUUCGUAAAUUUUUCUGGCUCUGCAGAGUUUUAGGGAAGACGAAGAAAGCAGUAAUGAUAUCUAUUCUUUGUUUCGAGUGCUCUUUUGGCCGUGUCUCUUCCAUGGGCGGACUUUAGUGAAGACAGAAAGAUGCCUCCACUUCAAGUUUUCCUGAAGGUUGGAGCUUCAAAUGGACAUAAAAAAUCCGGUCGUUGAAAUUUUCAUUUCUUAGUUCUUUAACUUCCUUUAGCAAUUUUGUUCUCUGUUAUUCUUUGUCUUCUUAUGUUUCUCCAGCUUGAUUAUCCAGAAUUAACCAGUAAAUUAUUCGAAAAUCUCCUGCCCAGUGUCAUUGUACAAAAACUGACGCCAAAUUCAGUAGAAUCAGUUGUCAAUUUCUUCUUCA